GGGUAAUAAAACGAAACUAAAAUUCCCCUGAACAUGUAUUUUACUUAACCAGAAAAGGCGCGUAAUGCGUAACUGCGCAAAGCCCGCUGAUUAACACGUGUUAUUUAGAAAAUAGAGCACUGGAUUAUUUCACCCCAGACAGCAAGCAAGUGGAAAUAGGAGAGAUAGAGAGAGAGAGAGAGAGUGAGAGAGAAAGAGAUAGAGAGAGAGAGAGAGAUAGAGUGAGAGAGAAAGAGAUAGAGUGAGAGAUAGAGAGAGAGAUACAGUAGAGAGAGAGAGAGAGAGAGAUAAUCUAAUCGGAUUAUAGAGCUCCAGUUGAGGCGCGCGCGGGUCUGAGAGCCGCAGAUGGAUGGAUGCGCGCGACCAGACAGCGCACCUUUUUAAGCCUUUCAACUGCGAUUAAUCCGUGCGUUAGGUUGAGACAUGAAGACAAAACAACAAUCUGGAACUAAAUCAAGUUAAGAAGGACCGCCCAGGACGGGACAGGAUGAACCGAGGUACGAGGGAAGACCUAACUUAUUGUUGUUAUUGGUAUUAUUAUUAUCAUUUUUGGCGAACCACGUCAAGCCAAAUGAGUUAACACGUCGCGGGGUGAGUUGAAGGGUUAGAUGUUGCUGAUGAGGGACCGGGAGGAUGGUGGAGACUCCGCACCGGGCAAACUCAAACCCAAACUCGGCAGCUCGGCGCACAUCCAUCCCGCCACGACGCACAGCGACUACGACGAGUGUCACGACUCUGAGGAGGACUACGAGGACUACGAUGAGCUCUACGACUCGGACACACACAGCAUCGCCUCGGAUGACUCGUUCUACCCGCCCGAUGGAGAGCUCCAGGAGUCGGAGUGCGCACCAUGUCCGGAGGUCACGUCCCUGUUCCGAGCCUGCAGCAGCAACAACGCGCUCUCGGUCAAGGCUCUGAUCAGGCAGGGUGUGACGGAGGAAGAGGUCCGAGAAACAGACAGAAACAACCGGACUGGGCUGAUGGUGGCGUGUUAUCAUGCCUACGUGGACGUGGUCAUCGCACUUUCACUGUGUCCUCACCUGGACGUGAACUCCCAGGACAAGGAGGGCAACACGGCCCUGAUCACAGCCGCACAGGCCGGCCACAUCACAGUCACUAACUACCUGCUGAACUACUUCCCUGGCCUUGACCUUGAGAAGAGGAACUGUCACGGCUUCACCGCGCUGAUGAAAGCUGCCAUGCAGGGCCGAGUGGACUGUGUCCGAGCGCUGAUCAUGGCAGGAGCUGAUCUGGAAGCCAGAGACAGCGGGCGUAAACUGACUCCUCGUGAGUGGGCGCUGUUCACCGGACGUUAUGAGACGGCUUUCGUCAUACAGCGACUCAUCCAUCGGCCGUGUCCUGAACAGUGCUCCGACUCGUACCAGCCCGAGUGGCCCUUAUUACCCGCCCUGGUGGCCAAAUCGCAACAGCGCAAAGGCUGUGUCCAGAAAAUGAUGGAGUCCCUGCGCAGCUUCUUCAACAUCAGCAACGUGACAGAAGCUUCCGAGGACGGCGUCUUCGACCACAUGGUGCAGAUGACAACAGCUCUGGGCAGUCCAUUCGUCGCCAUGUCUUGUCGGACGGUGUGUCCCGGUAGUCCUCCUUGUGUCGGGAAACGCCGCUACUCUGUCCAGGAGAUCCUAAAAAAGCAGCGCACGAGGCAGCUCAAAGGACUCGGACCUGAACGCCUAGAGAACUACAGACGCCUCUUCCAGAACUCUCGCGUCACUCUGGUGCCUAAAGCUAAAGACAGGCGUGCUAGCCUUCAACCGCUGGCUGCUAAGGACUCUUCACCUCUACGGAGAGGAAGUCUCCUCCCGCUCCACCUGGCGAGACGGAGCAGCGUGAGACCGGGCCUGGUGGUGCCCAAGCUGCGGAUCACCAAGGCUUCAGGGCCAACGCACAAGCCGGAGAAGGAGCGGCGCAAAAGUAGCUGCAACAGUGGCCAGUUCCUUCAGGUUCCCAAGUGGAGAUACAAAGAGCUAAAAGAAGAACGAAAGAAGGCAGAGGAAGCCGAGAAGAAACGUCUGGAGGCGAUCUCUAAGCGCCACCUCCCUGGUGGUAAACAGAAGAAACUCUAGCGUGACAUGUGCACUACACGUCCGAGUCCUGGCAUGGGAAUUUUGUUACUUGAAACUGUUGAUGAAAUUUUUUUAUUAUUAUUUAUUUAUUCUUAACAACAACUUUCACUUUUUGUGAUCGAGUAAUCUUAGAUCCAGAGGGUCAAACGUUUCUAUAAUAAAUAAAUAAAUAAAUAGAUACCUAGUAGGACCAACAUCCUAGCUGUUAAUAGCUGGAACAUCUGCACUACCAGCAUAAACAUUAAAUCAAAACUAUAUAAUAAAAUCCUUUUUUAAAGCAACAUUCAAAAAAAACAAGGUGCACACCUCACUGAUGUUCUACAAACCUUUCAGGUAUUAAAUAUUUAAUGUCCCAGAACCACAAAAUAUCAGCACAGCAAAAAAAAAAUGAGAAGCCGGCAGAAUUCUAAACAUGAAAAAACACGAGUUGCGACUUUAUAAGGUGCAUCAACAUUGUACUGCAUGCUGACUCACACUAUCUGUCGAAAAAAAAGUCACAAACGUUAAUUGUUCUAUCACCAUCCGUCCAGGUUUAAUAACGUGUCGUAAACCCAGUUCCACUCAUUUCAACAAUCUCCUUAGUUGUUUUCUUUGCCCAAUGCAGGAGAAUUAUUUGACUCUCCUGAAACACAAUAACAUCUUUUCCACGAGGGCGGGACACGACUUCUCACAUGGCUGUUAAAGGAAUGAGAAGCUGCUCAAUGCAUCAGUUAGGGUUAAAAUAACUUUUGUAGUUAGAACGUUAAUUAAUCAUUGCAGUUAUUAUUCAACUAAAGUAUUUAUUUUUUAGCUUAUUUAAAUAAAAGUGGUGACUUUUUUUGGGGGGGGCUGGGCCGUGUAUCUGCUCAGUGGCGCCCUCUUUCCACUAAUGUAUGGGAUAAAGAGGUGUGAACGCUUCGGAUUCUGGACCAGGCAGUGCAAAGAGUAAAACUAAGAAAAAUGCAGUAUAGUGCGUGACAACAACAACAACAACAACAACAACAAAAAACACUACCUAGAAUUGAAUAAAAUUUGAGUUGAUUCCCUUCGAUGAAAACCCAAUAACACCACUACAUUACUGCGAUAUUACGCCACAGCGCUGCUUAUUGAAACCAGAAAGUGUUACUUCCUUUUCUAAAGGAGUCUCCAGUACCAGGACUCUGUUACAGUCAAAGCUAAACGCAACUUAAAUUUUAAAAGGUUUUGCUUCUUUGCAGUUCUUCUAUAAAAUGUCGAGCUGCUCUUUUUUGUAUUAGUAACUUCAAGCUAAAGAGAACAAAACAGGAUGGGGAAGAAACGACGGUUUAUAGCUGCUAUAACAGAAGAAGCAACAGGAACUAACUUGAUUCACCAGCAAUAAACGUAACUAUAAAUGAAGGGAUAGCGAUGUUGCAGGGGUAUGAGAGCAAUAAUAAAAAUAAAAAGAAUUUGAAUACGCCCUUAUUAGAAAGUGGUUAAAUUUUGAGUGUUAACUUUAACUCUAUUUUGCUCUUAUCAAAUAAAAAGCCUCUGGAACUGUUUUCAACACUUGAAUCAUCAUCACCGUAAUCUCAGGCUCUAUUCAGAUCAAAGAAGACUUGUGUUUUUUUCCCCCUUCAUCCUUGACCACUGUGCCUCUUUUCCUAUCUUCCAGUGUUCACAUAUCUCCAGAAUUAUUGGCACCCUCUUAUGAAAAAGAGCAAAAAUAUAUAUAUUAUGUAUAACAUACAAUAUGAGAUAUAUUAACCCUGUUUCUUAACAUUUCCCAAAUUAAAUCUUCAUCGAUCACGUUUUGCUUCUUUAUCAAAUAAAUGCAUUAAUUAUAAAGAAAAGCAAAAACAUUUACUACCAAUAAUUCUGGAGAGCAGUGUGUAUGAUUUACCCUCAGCUAAAGGUCAGGCGACGUGACCUGAAGUCACAUGACCUGUCGAAUAAUAGGACUGUGUGAAAUGUGAUACUCAGUGAUGUUUGAGGAACCUGUAUCUGAUGAAAUGUGAAUAAAGUUUGCAGCGUGAUGCUGUAACUCAAGGAUGAA